AUGGAUGCGGAGGCAGCAUGCCCAGCUCCGGCCGUCGCCGUCGCCGCCGCUGGGAGAGCGGAGAUCGACACGUCCGCGCCGUUCGAGUCGGUGCGCGAGGCCGUCGACCGCUUCGGCGGCAGCGCCGCCUGGACCUCCCACCUCAUCAAGCGCAUGUUCGCAGCCCCCAACCCCGAGGAGCUAUCUGAAGAAACUGAACAAGUUGUCACUGUAGAGGAGCAGACCGCACAGCUAGAAAAUGAGCUGCUCAUCAAAGAGAGGGAAACACUGGAUGUGCUGAAGGAACUGGAGUCAACCAAGAAAAUCAUAGCAGACUUGAAACUCAAGAUACGGAGCCAAGAAACUGAAACACCUCCCACACCCGAGAAGUCUGACGACGGAACUGAAUCUCUUCUGACAGAAUCUGUAGAAGAGCAGCCUGAAAACAUUAUCGUGGAAUUUGAGCUGGUCAAAGAAAGCCUAAACCGAACUACAGGUGAUCUGGCUGCAAUCCGAGCCACAGUUGAGUUGCUGCGUGAUAGCAUAACGCAGGAGAGAACCCUGCUUGAGAGCGGCCGAGAGAAGCUUUCCUCAGAUGCCGCCUUGAUUUCUUCGUUGGAGGAUGAGCUGGAUCAGACAUCGCAAAUACUGCAGACUCUGAAAGAUCUGCAGGCGAGACGUGAACACCCGUCAGACAUUUUCACUGAGAUCAAGAAGAUGGCAUCUGAGGUGAGGCUGCUCAGGAGUAUGGCAGAUGCUUCGAAAUCUGAAGCUGUGAUGUUGACUGCAGAAAUCGAGCAUGCGAAGGCUAGCAUUGGCACUGCCGAGGCUAGGUGUGUUGCAGCCAAGAAGAUGGAGGAAGCAGCGAGAGCGGCAGAGGCUAUUGCGCUUGCAGACAUCAAAGCUCUGCUGAGCAGUGAAAGUUAUUCUGAAGGCAGCAGCAGCAGUGUGUCUGAUGGAGUGACUCUUUCAGUGGAAGAGUAUUCCAUGAUUUAUUCCAAGGCUCAAGAGGCUGAUCACAACUCAAGGAAGAAGGUACAAGAGGCGAUGCUGCAGGUAGAUGCAGCUAACACUUCAGAGUCUGACUCGGUCAGAAAGCUAGAAGAUGCUAAGCAAGAUGUUGAAGAAUGCAAGAAGGCACUACAAGAGGCCCUUGAGAGGGUAGAAGCUGCUAACCACGGCAAGCUUGCCGUCGAAGACAUUGUUCGCAGGUGGAGAUCUCAAAGUGGACACAAAAGGCGAUCUAUCGGUGGCUCUCCCAAGUUCAAAAACGCAGGCCACCGCCGUAAACUUUCACGCAGCAUGGAUAUGGUUUCUGAUGUUUCAAGUAGUUCCUCCUUCAAGCCAACGCUGUCAAUUGGGCAGAUACUGACCAUGAAGCUAACGGGGCCUGAUGGGUAUGACAAAAGCGUCUGGGACGACAAAACGGGGGAGCUGCCAGCCGUCUCACUUGGUCAGAUUAUCAACAGAAAGAGUGCAGUUAUGUGCACCGAGGAAACGACUGCCCCCGAAAGGAUUUCUGGAAAGAGGAAGAAAUUUGCAUUGACAGGACUUUCGGGCCUCCUGGCAAAGCAGUCCAAGAGCAAGAAGAAGAGAGAAUCCUUGUGAGAGGAGGUUUAUUUGUAAUUGUAGUGCUGUACUAUGUAGCUGCAGUUUAAUCUAGUGAAAGAAGAUAUGGUCCUCUUGAUCAUAUAGAUUAC